CGUCAGCGCAAGAUGGCGGCCUCGGCGGCGCUGUUCCUGCGCUUGUGGAGCGAGCUGCGGCUCGGCGCGCGGGGGCUGUGCGCGAGGCUAGCGACGCCGCCCCCUCGGACCCCGGACCAGGCCACAGAGAUUGGGAGCCGCACGGGCACUAAGGCCCAGGCUCAGGGUCCACAGCAGCAGCGAGGCACAGAGGGUCCCAGCUACGCCAAAAAAGUCGCACUCUGGCUUGCUGGGCUGCUCGGGGCCGGUGGGACUGUGAGCGUCAUCUAUAUCUUCGGAAACAACUCUGUGGAUGAAACUGGCGCCAAGAUUCCCGAUGAAUUCGACAAUGAUCCAAUUCUGAUACAGCAGUUGCGCCGGACUUACAAAUAUUUCAAAGACUAUAGACAGAUGAUCAUUGAGCCCACCAGUCCCUGUCUCCUCCCUGACCCUCUGAAGGAGCCAUAUUACCAGCCACCCUACACACUGGUCUUGGAGCUAACUGGCGUCCUCCUGCACCCUGAGUGGUCGCUGGCCACUGGCUGGAGGUUUAAGAAGCGUCCGGGCAUCGAGACCUUAUUCCAGCAGCUCGCCCCUUUGUAUGAAAUCGUCAUCUUUACGUCAGAGACUGGCAUGACUGCAUUCCCACUCAUCGACAGCGUGGACCCUCAUGGCUUCAUCUCCUACCGCCUGUUCCGGGAUGCCACAAGAUACAUGGAUGGGCACCAUGUCAAGGACAUUUCGUGUUUGAAUCGGGACCCUGCCCGCGUAGUAGUCGUGGACUGCAAGAAGGAAGCCUUCCGCCUGCAGCCCUACAAUGGCGUUGCUCUGCGGCCCUGGGAUGGCAACUCUGAUGACCGGGUCUUAUUGGACCUGUCUGCCUUCCUCAAGACCAUUGCACUGAACCGCGUAGAAGAUGUCCGGACUGUGCUAGAGCAUUACGCCCUGGAGGAUGACCCACUGGAGGCUUUCAAACAGCGGCAGAGCCGGCUAGAGCAGGAGGAACAGCAGCGCCUGGCCGAGCUCUCCAAGUCCAGCAAGCAGAACCUUUUCUUUGGCUCUCUGACCAACCGCUUAUGGCCUCGCUCCAAACAGCCCUGACUUCUGAGCCUCUGCAGACUCACUGCCUAGGUCCUGGGCCCUAGGCCCCAGUGCUCCCAGACCAUGGCUCGGGCAGCCACAUCCAAUAAAGUCCAUCCCAGAUGCCACA